CGGUCCCCUCAGACCAAUGCUAUCUUUUCGCGGCGUCUUUUGGCUCCUUUCAGGGCUUACUGCUCUCGUAAAUUCCAAGUCCAGUGCCGGUGAUUCUAUUCUUGUCGUGGUGGAACCGAAUCAUAGGGAUAAUUACUCAAUAUUCUUUGACGGACUCAAGGAGCAGGGAUAUGAACUAACCUUUCGCCAGCCAAAGGAAGACGGUCCACUCAUCAUUCAGGACGAUGUGCCCAACUUCUCACACGUCAUUCUCUUUGCGUCGGAAACUAAAAAUCUGGGAAAGGACAUAACGCCACAGUCCCUCGUUCAUUUGCUCUCGCUCAAUACCAACAUCAUCGUUGCUCUUUCCACGAAACAAACCCAGCUAUCUUCUCUUGCUACGGAGUUCUCCCUUAUACUCCCACCCCCGGGAACCCCACUCGUAUCCUACUUUCCAGAGCGCCAGGAUUCUGCGUCCCUCAUCCCCGUGGCGAUCACUGCAAACCCUGUCGUCAGCAAAGAUUUGCCCCCCGUGUGGUUUUCUGGAGUUCCUCAAGCCCUUGGAAACAACCCUCUUCUCGUAUCGAUUCUUCGCGCACCCCCACAGAGCUUUGCAUCUGAAAUCGACGGUGGGUCAGCAGACGCUCUGGUCGAAGCUGCGGAAAAAGGUGGUGAAGGCCUGUGGGCUGGUAGUCAACUCAGUCUUGUUACUGGUUUCCAAACUCUCACUGGCUCAAGGAUCACUUGGGUUGGAGGUGUGAGUCUGUUCAACGAUGAACUUGCACAGAAGGAAGUGACAAAGGGCGUCAAGUCUGGAAAUGCCCAGUUUGCUCGUGAAGUUGCUACAUGGACUUUCCAAGAAUCCCAAGUACUCCGUAUCGAUCGCGUAGAACAUCAUCUCGUGAAUGCAACUGAACCAAAGGAGCAGUACACAAAUAACGACAAUAUCGUCUAUACGGCUUACAUUUCCAAGUAUGAUGUCAAAACAGCAUCAUGGAAGCCUUACUCUGGCUUGACGGACCUCCAACUCGAAUUCACCAUGCUCGACCCCUUCAUUAGAACUGCCCUUUCACCCGUUGUGGGUUCUCCGGGAAAAUACUCUGUAACCUUCCGCGCUCCCGAUAGACACGGCGUAUUCAAGUUUGUGAUUGACUACAAGAGAAAAGGCUGGACACACCUGCAUAGCUCAACGACGGUUGCAGUCGUACCCCCUAGGCAUGAUGGGUACCCCCGCUUCCUCAGCGCCGCUUGGCCUUACUAUGCUGGGGCUAUUAGCACUAGCAUUGGUUUCUUCCUGUUCUCCGCACUGUGGCUGGGGGGCGAGGUGCGUGAGAUCAAGAAGGGGAAAGGUAGUAAAGCUGAGUAAUGAGAUGUUAUGUACCUAUGAGCUCUGGCUUGCAAAAAUGCAUCAAGGUUACUUCCAAC